AGCCGUUUUGGCUCGAGCCGUGCAGCCUGGCCUGCUCAACUCUCUGGCGACUGCGCCGGCUCGCCCCGUUCCGGACGAGGACGAGGGCGAGGCGGCGCCGCCGGGCACCAGAAGGGUGGUCCGCGGGCCUGGCCAUCCAGCCAGCCCGCGGCGCGGCUGAGUAGCUGCCCGGUUGGGCGCGGCGGUUGCACUCGGCGGCGUCUGUAGGCCAAGCUGGCCACCGCGCGCGAGACGACGAAGAAGAGGAAGCGCAGCAAGAAGGAGGCGGAGGCGGAAACUGGGGCGGGCGGUGCUGGGGUGGGGGAGGGCGAGACCGAGGCGGACGCGCCAAGGGUUCCCGCCGCUGGCAAGGGCGGUGCGCAGAAGGCACCAACACCGCAGCAGAAGAAGCAGAAGGGCAAGAGCAAGAAGAGGCGGGCGAAGGAGAGUGUGGAGCGCACGGCCUCGAGCGUGGCCUCUGCGGCGGUUGCGGCGAAACCGCGGCCGCUGCCGCCGCACCAGCUUGUGCUCGCACCGAUGGUUGGCGGCAGCGAGCUUGCGUUCCGACUGCUGGCGCGGCGGUACGGCGCGCAACUGUGCUACACGCCGAUGAUGCACGCAGAUCGCUUUGCCGCCGACGCGGCGUACCGGGCCGCUGAGCUGCAGACGUGUCCCUCGGACAUGCCGCUGGUGGCGCACUUUUGCGGCAACGACCCGGCCACGCUGCUUGCCGCUGCUUGCCUGGCCGAGCCGCACUGUGUGGCCGUUGAUCUGAAUUUGGGCUGCCCGCAGCGGGCCGCGCACUCGGGGUGCUUCGGCUCGUUCUGCCGCCGCCUCGGCGACCCAGGCGAUGCGAUGGACACCGCGCUGGUUCUCGACAUCGUGUCGACGCUGGCCGCUGGGCUGACGGUGCCGCUCUUCGUCAAGAUUCGGCUGUUCGACGAGCUCGACGACACGCUCCGCUUUUGCCGGCAGCUUGAGGCCGCUGGCUGCGCGUUGCUCGCGGUGCACGGCCGCUACCGGGGCUCGCCCACGCACAAGCGCGACGGCGCGGCACACUUGGAUCAGGUGGCGGCGGUCAAGCGGGCCCUCACCAUCCCUGUGCUGACCAACGGCAACGUCAGCAACGCCGAGGACCUGCUUGCGGCGCUCGAGCUGACCGGCGCCGACGGCGUGAUGAGCGCCGAGGGCGCGCUCGACGAUCCAGCAAUCUUCGGCAGGGCGGUGGCCUUGGCCAGGCAGCGGCGACGUGCGAUCACCGCCGAGCUAAACGCGGCCAAGGCGCUUCAGGCCGAGGCCGCGGCCGGCCGAGCGCUCGACUCCGCGGAGCAGCAGGCGGUGGCCGGGAUCCAGGCGCUCAAGAAGCAGCGGCGGGCGUUGCCGGCCUUUGCCAGCGGCGGCACCGCGCCAGGGCUCGGGACUGGCAUGGCCGAGCCGCCCGGGGCCCUGGAUCUGGCCGGGGAGUAUUUGGCGCUGGCGCGGAGCCACCGCCCGACGCUGCGGUGCGUGCUGUUCCACCUUCGCCGGAUUUGCCGCGACCCGCUCCGCCGCUUCGGGAUGCGUGAGGCGCUGGAGGCGCUGGGGUCGUCCGUGUCCGAGACGGUGCGGGAGCAGCCGAUCAGCAACGGCAAUCUCAAGGCCGCCACCGCGCUGCUCCGCAAGCUCCGCGAUUACGACGAGGGCCGCGCCGCGCCGCCAGCCCCUGCCCCCGCUGACGCGGCACCCACCGCCGCCGAGGCGGCCGCCGCGGCGGCGACCGCGGCAGCCGCGGUGGCGGCGGCGGCAGCCCGGGCCCGGGCGGUGACCCAGGCUGGCGGCGCGAAGCAGAGCGCAGCCGCGGCCGCGGCGUGCGCGGCGAAGCGCCAGGAGUUUGAGCAGAUGCAGCGCCGGAAGGCGAAGCGGAAGGGGCUGCCUGACGACCACUUCCUUGAGCAGGGCCGCGCCCCGCCUACUGUGGCCGACGUGGCCCGGGUUCGGCGCAUGGGCGAGGCGGAGCGGAUGGCGUACUGGCGGGAGCGGUGCGGGCAGCACUGCAUCAUGCACCACCUGAACGGGCGGUGUGAGGUCGCGCUGACCUGGGGCUGCGGCUUCCUCCACGAGGCCGCGGUGCCGUGAGACCGCGCCGCGCUCUCGAUCGAUGCACGUGUCCUCGAGGUUUGGGCCACUGCUGGCGUGUGCCUUUGGGACCGGCUACCUGUUGGACGCCCGCGUCAACCGCCACCCUGCUGGAACACCACCCAUUUGUCUGGGUCGCCCCGUCGGAUGUAGCCCCCUCCCAGAGCUGCCGUCGAGGCAAGUGUCACCUGAGACUAAUAGAGCAGAGAACAA